AUGAUAAUCAUCACGGCAAGGGGUACUGUUCAAAUUGCAGGCUCUGAUCUUUCAAACGCCGACAACAAUAGACGAGUGAUUAUUCUCAUUUUUGUUAAAGUGAGUGGAAAAAGGAGUAAAAUGCCUUUUUGUGGUGAUAGUUGCUACUACAUACCUUUAUCUGCUUCUGCUUUCAAAAUCGAGAAAGUAAAAAUGAAUAAAUCGACCGUAAAAAAUGCAUUUAAAGAAUAUGGAAAGUUAUGA